GCUCCACGUGGGCGGCCCCGUCGCAGUCAGGAUCCGAGCUGACAGCGGCUGGGGCGGAGGGUGGGGGGGCUGCACCGGGGCGGCCGCCGCCUCUUCUCAUGGACCUGUCCGGGUGCCAGCCCUGGCCGCCGCUUGGAUGCUGAUGUGAGGCAGCCCAGGGGGGUGUCCUGAGCUCCCUCGCUGCCCCCCCUCCCAGCUCCAGCCCCCCCAGAUGCAUUCGCUGCUGGAUCGCAAGAAGAAAGCAGGCAGCUGCGUGGAUGCUGGGCUGGAGCUGCCGGCUGCAGGUUCCCUUCCCCAGCCUCAGAGGAUGUUCAGCUGCGUGGGCUGCUUCUGGGUCCUCCUAUCCUCCUGCCUGGUGGCCGUCUGCAGCUUCAGCUUCCUCUCCCCUGCCUGGAUCGUGAAGGAGCAUCACCUCCAAGCCCACGGCGGGGUCAGCUUCGGCUUGCUGUGGCACUGCUCCGAGACGCUGGAGCAGAUGUACAGCUGCUACACCUUCGGGGGCCUGGGCAAGUUCCACGAGAUCCCCUCCAGCGCCUGGCAGACGAGUGCAGUGCUGUGUUCUGGAGGCUGUGCUCUCUUGGCCAUCAGCUGCCUGCUGGCGAUCAUCGCUAUAUUCCUGCCCAGCGGGCUCUGUGAGAGACGAUUGUGCACCCUGGCUGGCUACAUGCAGACAGCAGCGGUAUUCAUCAUGGCGUUUGGACUUUUGGUUUAUCCUUUUGGCCUCAGCUCUGCUACAAUGAAGAAAUUCUGUGAGAAUUCAAGCAUAUACAAUGCAGGAGACUGCCAGAUUGGAUGGGGGUACAUGUUGGCAAUUGUUGGAGUCAUGUUAUCUGUCUUUUUACCAUUCUUUGCAAAAUAUGCACCAAAAGAGUACAUAUCUCCAACUCCAAUACCUACUAUUUUAUAGUAUUUUAUUAGUAUUUAACAGCAAAACAUUCCUGUUAAUCAAUGGGCAGAAAGUAUUAUAGCACUUCCUUUUAGCUGUAUGGCUAAAAAAAAAAAAAAAAAAAUAGGGGGAGAGAGAGGGUCAGAAUCACAGAGACCAAAAGUGCACUGAUAGUCUUCCAUAAGCAUGAGAAGCUAACACUCUGGAAUUGAAAUAAGACUAAUUAGCAGCCUUUAUGCUGCUCUAAACUUAUAAUGGCUUAAUGCCUUAGUCAAAAAAUCUGUUUAUCCUCAAAACAUCUGUCUACCUCCCAAACAGUUUCUUUUAUGUCUCAAAACAGUAAAUCUGUUAAAAGCCUCAGUUCUCUUUUAUAUGUUAUUAAAUGUCAGAACUUUUAUGAACCCAAUAAUUUUAAAUCUGAUAAUGAUAUUUUGUUAUAGUUAUUAUGAGUGGGGAAAAAGCCUGCUAGUAACCAGAGCCUAAAAUGAAGCUUACCUAUGAAAAAAGAUGUAUGCAAGUUCUUUUGUUUGUUUGUUUUUAAUCAAUGCAUGUUAGGAGUGUGCCUGAAUAUUGUAGUAUGUAGGCACAUGUUUUAGUACUGGUCUAGCAAUUGGGAAGUAUAGCCUCCACAGUGAUUGCUAUACAUUUUAGCUAACUUUUUGCUAAAGAGAGCUAUCCUUUUCAAAAGGCCCAGUACUAAAAUAGCUUAAAAAAGAGAAGUAUAUUAAGAGGAGAAGUGCAUUUGUUUUACCAUAGUUCUUAGAUUAUGAUUUUGCAUGGAAUUGUAUAUAGUUAUUUAUAGUUUAGGGGGUUUUAUAAGUCUGUAAGGUAAAGACUUCAUUUAUAAAACAUACGUGUCCGAUGGCAAAAGUACCUGUGCACAUUUCAUCAUGAUGCAAGGCAGAAAGGGCCAGAGUAUGAUGGCCUUACUCAUGCUGACUAGUAUCUUGCUCCAUGAGAAUGUGAUUUCUUGUGAAGUAAAAUACUGCUCAAUGUGAGUAUGUGUGGCAGACUUUGACUCAAUAUCAUCCAAUGUAAUGUUGACUAGAAAAGUCACAUCUGAUGGGUAUUUUUUGUGUGAAAUUUAUGAAGUCUAGUUCCAGCAAUGGCAUUUUUGGUUUCAUUACCACCAAGGACUCAAACAAAUGCACCACAUGCCUUAAACAAAAGAAUGAUUGGGUUCUAAUAUUACUCCAUUGCCAUAUUUCUCCUUCAAAAUUACAGUAAAAUUCCUAUCCAGUACCUAGGUCAUAAGGAUGUUAUUUAUUUUUAAUAUUUACUAGUAAAGAUCUGAACCUCUUAGAUUAUAUUUUAAUACUGAACCUUACUUUUCUGCUUUUUAUUUUGUCCUGUGAACCAACUGAUCAAAUCUAUCAUCUUUGUUAGUUGUAUGCAGUGCUCUUGUAGCCAUUUAGUCCCAGGAUCUUAAAGACAAGGUGGGUGAGGUAAGACCUUUUAUUAACCCACCUUCUGUUGGUAAGAAAGACAAGCUUUAAAGAUUACACAGAGCUUUGGAAAAAGAGCUGAAGAAGAGCUCUAUGUAAGCUCAAAAGCUUGUCUCUCUCACCAACAGAAACUGGUCCAACAAAAAGAUAUUACCUUACCCACCUUGUCUCUCAGUCUUCCUUGGUUAUUUACCGAAGCCUGAGUAAUAGUUAUUCCUGAAUUACUUCUUAUCUGAAAAAUGUGCAUGAAGGGACAGAUAGAGAAAUGUUGAGAAAGUAUAAGAAAAUGAGAAUUGAUAGAACAAUCACUUUACUUUAUUCCAAUAUGUAUGAAAGUAUUAUAAAUCUUGUUUACAUUGUGAAGCCUUCUAAACUCAAAUUAAUUAAGCAUUACAUUAUUUUCUAAAGUAGCUGACUGUUACAUAAUCAUGAGCUCGAAAGGGCAAAUUAUGCACAUACAUUUAUAAUUCAAUUACACUAUUAAUGUUUAAAAACACAUAUUUCACAGCUGAAUAAAGUAAAUAGAGAGAGCUUUAUGGUUUUUGUCAUAGAGAACUAAGGAAUGAAAUCUUCUAAAUAUUUAACAAAAAUGAAGCUGAAGGAAUUUCCUCUGCCCUCCUAAAGGCAGAAUAGACUUCAAUCUUCUCUGUAUGUACCAUGUAGCAUUUUUAGUAGUAUCUUAUGCUCAUUUCAUAAAUUGCUGGAAUGGAUUGGAAAGCUUCAUAUAAAAUUCAGAAGGCAAAAAGUGAGAAAAUAAACAGAUGAUAAACCCAUAACCGCAAAGUAAAGAGAGAGAUGCAGGCUUUUCUUUCCUAACCAACCUGUGCCUUUACAAUAGAACAAUUAUACAAGACAGGAUCAAUAUUUAAAAAAAUUCUCAUCAACCACUGAAAAUGUUAUACAAUGUGUAAAAAUUGUAUUCUGUGGGUUUUUCUCUGUUUUGUGUAAUGUUUACGAUUGUUCACUUAAUGUUUCACUAGAAAAAGUGAUUUGUUAGUGUAAAUUAGAAAACAUUUUUGCAAAGAUUUAAUUGCUUACCAAAAGUAAAAUAAUUUUAGAUUUCUGUUAAUACCCAUAAUAUAUCUAGUAGACACAGAGGGCCCAAUCCUAUCACCACUUAUAAACAUAACUUUACUCAGGUGCAUAAUUGUGCCCAUCAGUAAUCCAAUUGAAUUCAGUGGGAUUACACGUGAAUAAAGUUACAUAAAUGUGUGCAGGGUUGGAUGCAUAGUUUGAAAUUCCUUUAUAACUUUCACCUAUUUUCUCAGUAGGGGUCUUAAAAUUUACAGUAUUGCUAUACCAAACUACAUAUAGAAAAUUUAUUUUCAGUGUUUUGAACAAACAAUCAAGUUAAAAACUCAUGUUUUUUUCCACAGUAUCCUCCACUUUCUAAGAAAGAGCUAAACUAAUGCUUCCAUACUGAACGUCCUUUAUAUAAUUUUAAACAUUGAAAGGAAAUAACAAAAACAUAGUGGAGACUGGUGAGAUCUAAAAUGGGGUAGACAGAAUUGCCAUGUAGAAGGUCCAUGUUCACAGCCAAUUUAUAACUCUGGGUAGAGAUCAUACUGUAACUGACUCAAACCAGAGUAAGCAAAAGCCUAUACUGCAGAAGCUCCUCUGGAACUUAAAUAGGGGGAAUUACUACCAAUACAUUUGCUAACACUGAUAAAUCACUUUUUUAAUGAGGAUUGUCUGUGAGUUAUAUUGUGUAUAAUAGUUUUCUUGUUAAAAAAAAACAGAAAGUUUACUGGAUCAGGUUCAAGUUUUAUUCUAAAUAUAUAAUUUUUUAAGUGUAACUAAAAGCUGUAUUUUCCAUUACUGUGUUUCUGCGUUGACUAGCUGCCUCCUUUUUAGAAUAUUAACUGUUUUCUGUAUUUGACUUGUUGAAUAAAAUAUUUCAAUUAUUUUAAAUGUGAAAUUUACAAUUGCCAACACUGUAUAAUAAAAUAAUUCACAUUG